UGACAUUGGUGCUGUCGGUGCGUGGCGGAGAGUACUGCCGCGCGGCGUACUACGGCUACUACAUGUAUUGUCCUGUGUCAUGUUGUGGGUCAUACUACAACAAAUAUUGCUGUGAUCAUAAUUGGUCCGGUGGUACCAUAGCUGGUUUGGUAAUCGGGUGUAUUGUGGGCCUAGGACUGCUGAUAACAGUGCUUGUGUGCCUGUGUGCGGCGUGCAACAAGAAUAGGCACACGAGAGGACGAGUUGUCUAUCCUAGCAACCAACAACCAACUGUGGCUAUUGUCAAUACCAACACCCAUACAGGUCAUGGAUCUGCCUACCCUCAACAAGGAACGAUUCAACCUCAUCCUCCUUUUCCUCCUCAAGGACCAGCCUAUCCUCCUCAAGGACCAGCAAAUCCUCCUCAAGGACCAGCCUAUCCCCCGCCUCCACCAGGUUACAACCCUCAAGGACCAGUCUAUCCCCCGCCUCCACCAGCUUACAACCCUCAAGGACCAGCCUAUCCCCCGUCCAAUACAGGCCAGUUUGUACCUCCGCCGAAAUAUUCCGCUACUUAAAGAUUUAUAGUUACAUGAACACUGGGGAAAAUGGACUUAACCUGAACAAAAACUAUGUUAUUUAACACAUGUUAAAAUCAAUGUUUAUCUCCGUCCAUAUACCGUUUUCUUAUUAUUUAUUGAUAUAUGUCUGUACCACCCUUGCUAAUCAGUGUGGUUAUUAAAUUGUAUACACCUUGACAUUUGGCCCUCAGAUCAUAACAAACUCUUCGAUUAAAGUUUCUGAUUACCUAUUCACGAAUGAUAUCACAUUUAUGGAGAUUAUUGGUGAUUGGUUACGUAAAACCUGAAGACAAGUCUAGACUUCAGAUCGUGUCAUGAUCUCAGAACCUGAUCAACUGUGAUAGAAUUAUCUUUAAUGUUUAAUUAAGGAAUUCAGAAUCUUUAAUCAUAGUUUAGCCUAACAAAUUAAUAUUCAGAUACGAAUGCGUCAAACGCUAAGCCAAGACGUCAUUACUUGUAUUAAGUCGACCUAUGUUGUUAUGGACACACUCUAAAUUUGCUAU